AUGGCUGAUGAAGCUCUGGAUUUGCUACUGCAAACCUUACUCCAAAUCUAUAAACGCGACGAUGAUCUGACCAUCCGUCGUGUAAAACUUCUAAUUAUAUGCAUCCACGACAAAGCUGUCAUUUUGAUGCAUUUUGUCCAACAUUUUCCAGAAAAAGAAGUAAUAAGGGAGGUAGCAAAUACAGCAAAAGAGAUUAUUGAAUAUCUCUUCUCCCCACAGAAUCUAUCAGCUGAUUGUGGAUCUGUCAGACUUUACGAUCAGUUGAGGGAAUUGGAAGAGGAGCUCGACUCAACUGUCGAAGAUGUGGUUGACUACAUACGUCAACAGAGUGAUUCCCCUGCUGUCGGUUCAUCAUCAGUAUCUACACUCGAGAGUGAAGUUGUGGAUCCAGUGGUUGCAACGGAGCUGAUUGUCGUAAAUUCAAAACGGUUCAGGAGAUUAGCCGAGAAAAUAGAGUCAAGUGACAGAGAAUUAGCAGAUGUAGAUCCGAGUGAUACACCUCCACUCACGAUCAAAGAUGUUGCGGUUGGUUUUUCUGAAGAUCUAAGUGACUCUACUGCUGCUACAUCAUCAUCAAGACCUGCAUCGAGCAAAGAUGAUGUGGUUGUGGUUGGUUUUGAUGAAGAUAUACUACAGAUGAUGGACCGAAUAACUGACUAUUCAUCCUAUUCCAACCUACAAAUCCUCUCGAUUGUCGGAAUGGGAGGUAUUGGUAAGUCCACACUUGCUAGACAUAUUUUUGAUCGUACAUUGAUUAAGCAACAUUUUGAUAUUCAAGCUUGGGUCACAAUAUCACAAGAUUAUAGUGUAGAAAGUAUUCUCUCUCAAUUACUAGCUUCACUCAAACGAAAAGUAGAUCCAGUUGGAAGGGAUUCGUCGAAAGGAUCCCAAGCAGAGGAGGAAGAAAUUUACAAAAUCUUAUGGGGGAGGAGGUAUCUCAUUGUAAUGGACGACAUUUGGAGUGCGGAAGCUUGGGAUCGCGUACGGAUGCUAUUUCCUGACAAUAGAAAUGGAAGCAGGAUCAUACUAACCACAAGGCAAAUGGAUGUGGCUACUGCCGUAUCGCACAAUAUUCAUAAGAUGGAUUUCUUGGAUGACCAACAAAGUUGGCGUUUGUUCCAACAGAAGGACUUUUAUCGAGGAUUCUUAGAACGCCAAAGAUGUGGCAGAAAAUUGAAGUAA